AUGGCAACUGUCCAAAAAACUAAAAAACCCAAAACUAAUAGCUUUACCUCUAUUUUGGAUCAGGUCCUCAAUAAAUAUAACCUAUCGGUUGAAUCAAACCCGCUUCAAUUACGUGCUCAUGCUGAUGAGCUUAGUAUUAUGCUACCGAAUUGGAAGGCUCGUAAAGAUGUGAAAGAGGCUCUCCGUUGGUGCUUAUUCAAAGAAAAUCAAAUAGGAGUUCUUGUGCCAGACAAAAGAAAGAAAAAGCUCACCAUUGAAAAAAGAGCUCUCUAUUGUGCCAAAACUGGUGAUGAGUGGGAUAUUUAUAUCCAUGCUCUCGAUUUAGGUCCAAAAAGUAAUGACGAAAUCGUUGCCUCCUGUUCACGACUCUCUCUAUUUCGUAAUAAAUUGGCAAAAGCUGGUAUUUCUCAAGAACCUAUUGAUAUUUAUGCUAAACUUCCGGGUGUUACCACGGCUUCUAACAAAAUUCAGAAAGAACGGACUGAACAAGAUGUAGCCAAUAAUCAGUUAAAAAUUCCACCACAUUUCUCCUUAGAAAAAGGACUUAAAAGAAUUCAAAACAUUGAUACUACCAAAGAUCCCUUAUUACAGGAUCUCGCAGAUGUAAUAAUGAUGUUGUGUAUGAGACCUGCUGAAGUAUCCAGCCUCCAGAUUGAUCACUAUGAAGUUGACCCAUCUAAUCCUUCGACAUGGUAUAAAAAUGGUUAUUCUUGGUAUUGCACUGGAUAUGCUAAGAAUAAAGGAGAAAAUAAGAAUAAUCCAGAACCUCGCCCAUUCCUAUCAAUGGAGAAGAACCCAGAACGUGCAAGAGCAUUGCUUAUCUGGAUUCAAGAGGCUAUAAAGGCCGGAAAGUUAAGUGAUCCUACCUUUAGUAAAAAUAGAAAGUGCAAUACUAGGGCAUUUAGCAAGUUUUUGAAGCCUUAUAAAAUCACGCCUAAAAUAUUAAGAAAAAUAGGAGGAAAGCAUGCCUGCAGAGUUCACGGUGGUCCAAACCCAACUCAUCAGCAUCUUGAUCUUCUUAACAGAAUAGCAUUGAGGCAUAAGAUUGUUCAUCUAGAUACGGGAAAGAAUUAUGCUAUAGGUGAUACAGAAUCAGAAGACUCUGACCUCGAAUCCGAAUCUGACCAAGCACCUAGCCCAAUCUCUGGAUCUCAGGCCUCAUCAUUCUAA